UUACAAAGUGAAGCACUUGUGACUGUUCAUAAGAUAAAAGCGCUUAAAAGACUGAUCUUUUCUCUUUUCAGAGACAAUAAGAGCAGAGAAACCGAAGGAGCCGAUAAAAUUUCAUCUGGGUUGUGUUUAUUUUUAGAUUUAAACAACUAAAUUCAAUCCGUGUUUGAUGCUUUAGAGUGUAAGAAUGGCGGGAAUAGCUAUAGUAUUAGAUCUAUGGAGGAAAAAUCCAAGCUUUUGUUCACCUCAGACCGUUCACUCUUCUGGAUUCCUCUCGGCCGCAGCUGCCGCCGCCUCUGCUGCCUCCGCUGCAGCCGCCGCACCUUUUGCCUCCCGCUUCUUGUUUGGUUCCCCCAAAAUUCCAGUUGCAUACUGUGAUGCUGAUGCUGCUAUAACUGAUGACUACAUUUCUAAUUUACGAAAAGUACCUGGAAAUUUUUUUCAGCAUGAUGCUAUUAAAUAUACUACCAAAGAGUAUGACAUCCAGUUAAAACCUCUUUUCUCUGCUUUUGAGUUGAGGGCAUUUGCUAUGACCUCCGUGAGGUCAUUUUUAAUGUACUAUUUGCCGCUUUUGGAGCCCAAUAUGAACACAGAAGAGGAUGAUGACGACUUCCUGCAGGAAUCUCAAGAAGAACAUCAUGUGGAUCUGGUUGUUCCCUUUAAAAAAUCAGUGAAGCAAAUUGUCCGUGAGACAACCGUUGUAACUACUAGACGGAUUCUGGAAAGACUUGCUGUUCACUAUGUUUCACAGCGGACAGCAUGGAAACUUCUCAAAGAUGCUCCUAAAUCAGCAAUGCGGAAGGCUGAAAGAGGACUGCCCACUUUUGUUUACUUUGUCAGAGUUAGCCGAACUACUUUAAAAGGGCACUUCUUGGGAGUUGCAGCAUCAUGGAUUGUCCAAAUUGGCAUUGAAGUUUACCGGUCUAUUUCUCGCAUUGUGAAAUCUGGCGAAGAAAGCGAUAAGGUUAAGUCUCAAGAAGCAAAACUUCUCGGGAAAAAGGUUUCUGGUGUUACCAUCAGGUGUGGUGCAUCUCUAGUUUUUGCUUCCAUUGGAGCAGGGAUUGGUGCCACCAUUAUUCGCCCCUCAGUUGGUCAGUGGAUAGGCUGUGCUGUUGGUGAUUUGGCCGGACCAAUUAUUGUAACAUUUUGCCUUGACAAAGCUCUUCAUGUGGACCUUUAAGAAGAUAAUUUGACGGAGACAUUUCUUCCCCUGAUUCUGAUUUUACUGGUAUACAUAUCUUUGAGGACAUAUUAAAUGAUAUUACCUCUAUCUAUUUGGUAGUUGGUUUGAUCAGGUUUUGAAGCAGAAGCUGCUUCUAAAGCCAUUCAUCAAAAGCUUCCCAUUCUUGAGGUUAUUAUCAUUUUCUUUAUUGACUGAUGAACUUCAAAAUAAUCUACCUUUUUCUCCCAUUGA